CUGAAGGUGGUAGGCAUUCGCCUUGCUCGGCGGGCGGGUGGCAACCCUUUCGUCUCGGCCAAACGAGGAGGGUCAUACCAGCUCAGUCUUGGCGGCAACUCCGUGCCCUGGCAACUAGCCGUCAGCAGAAAAGCUUCAGAGGCACAUUUGCAUCCGGCUCCGCCGAGCAAGGGGCUUCGAGAGAGCUCGAACCGGCCUCGCGAGGCGGUCGUGACGGCGCCGCCAAGGCCUUGGCAACUGGGCGAAUCGAGGCCUAUGCCGAGCUCGAGAAUGCUCAAGUGGCGUGUGAAUGUGCUGUCGACGCCGAUUAGUCCUUUCGUCUUGCCCACACGUCGCCAUGCCGACGACAUGCAGAGAGGAGAGGAGCAGAGUGGCGACGAAAGACACGCGCUUCGGCCGAUUCCUAUUGGCCAUGACAAUCACCCUCUCGAGGCUGCCCUCGUCCAAUUGUCGGACCGUUUGUCUCGCCGUCUGCCCCGGCCAAGUCGCCUCUCUCGGACAGACGGACUGACGCACUUUGCAGCGCGCCGUAGCGAUACACUCACGAAGGCGCCCUCGCCGAAACGCCGCCGGUGCGGCACCGAGGUCCGCGAGCUGUCAGAGGAUUGGGCGAUUCGGCUCGCUGAUUGGCUCGUCAAGCGUGCAAUGCUGAAGCGCUGUUUACUCUUCAAUCAAUCUGUCCAGGCCGCCAAUCCUCGGCCCGGAAGUCGGCACCCGAACGCCCCCACCCCUUUGCCGGGCGCAAAGUGGGCCAGCGCCUAG